UCAAGAUCCAGCCCAUAUUAUGGCUGGCAGUGGGUCUAAAUCAGGACCAUCGAGUGGGUUUUCCAUGAAAUCGCAGCUUCAAAUCACUGUUAUUUCAGCAAAAUUAAAAGAAAAAAAUAAAUGGUUUGGACCUAGCCCUUACGUGGAAGUCUCAGUGGACGGGCAGUCAAAGAAGACAGAAAAAUGCAACAAUACAAAUAGUCCGAAGUGGAAACAGCACCUUACAGUAAUUGUCACUCCUGUAAGUAAAUUAAACUUUCGAGUCUGGAGCCAUCAAACGUUAAAAUCUGAUGUUCUUCUGGGAAGUGCAGCUCUGGAUAUUCGUGAGACUUUGAAAUCAAACAGUAUGAAACUUGAGCAGGUAGUGGUGACAUUGCAUCUUGUUGGUGACAGAGAACCAGCAGAAGUGGUAGGAGACUUGUCUGUCUGUCUAGAUGGGAUGCAGGUAGAUCCUGAGCUCCUAACAAAUGGUGAUGCCUCAAGUACAAGAAGUCCUACACAGAAUGAUAGCUCCAAAGUAAAGAAUGAUACACGGACUAACUCAAAUGGCCUUGAAAGCUGUGAAGAUGCUGCUCCCAGUGAAAACAAGACUGUUAAUGGCAGUGAUUCUCCAUUACUCACAAAUGGAAACUGCAAACCUUCUCGACCUCCCAGGCCUUCUAGACCACCUCCACCCACUCCCCGCAGACCCACGUCAGUACCUGCGAGUGUAAAUGGUCCUUCAUCCACAUCCACAGAAAGUGAUGGGGCCACUGCAGCACCAGUGGCAGGUACAGCUGCAAAUACGUCUUCAGAACAGAGCCCUGAGGGGGCAACAGCAGCAACAACAGCUCCUGCAACCACUGCGCUCACCACACCUCCAGUAUCAAGACAAGUCCAGCCAGUAAAUCCUCCACCUCAGGCACUUACUACAGUCAGCCAAGGUCCUCUUCCACCUGGUUGGGAGCAACGAGUAGACCAACAUGGUCGAGUAUACUAUGUAGAUCAUGUUGAAAAAAGAACAACAUGGGAUCGACCAGAGCCUCUUCCUCCAAGCUGGGAGCGACGAGUUGACAACAUGGGGAGAAUUUAUUACGUUGACCACUUCACUAGAACAACAACGUGGCAGAGACCAACAUUAGAGUCUGUCCGAAAUUACGAGCAGUGGCAGCUUCAGCGCAGUCAGCUUCAAGGAGCUAUGCAGCAAUUUAAUCAGAGGUUUAUAUAUGGGAACCAGGACUUCUCAUCCACACAGAACAAAGAGUUUGAUCCUCUUGGCCCUCUGCCACAUGGAUGGGAAAAGAGAACUGACAGCAAUGGCAGAGUGUAUUUUGUCAAUCACAACACACGAAUCACUCAGUGGGAAGAUCCCAGGAGUCAGGGUCAAUUAAAUGAGAAACCCUUACCAGAGGGCUGGGAAAUGCGAUUUACUGUGGAUGGUAUUCCAUAUUUUGUGGAUCACAAUAGAAGAACCACUACAUAUAUAGAUCCCCGCACGGGCAAGUCUGCUCUAGACAAUGGACCCCAGAUAGCUUAUGUGCGUGAUUUCAAGGCAAAGGUCCAUUAUUUCAGAUUCUGGUGUCAGCAACUGGCAAUGCCACAACACAUAAAGAUUACAGUGAGCAGAAAAACAUUAUUCGAGGACUCAUUUCAACAGAUAAUGAGCUUCAGCCCUCAGGAUCUACGGAGACGUUUAUGGGUUAUUUUCCCUGGUGAAGAAGGCUUAGAUUAUGGAGGUGUUGCAAGGGAAUGGUUCUUUCUAUUGUCACAUGAAGUUUUGAACCCAAUGUAUUGCCUGUUUGAAUAUGCAGGGAAAGAUAACUACUGCUUACAGAUAAACCCAGCCUCUUAUAUUAAUCCAGACCAUCUGAAAUACUUCCGAUUUAUUGGAAGAUUCAUUGCCAUGGCUUUGUUCCAUGGGAAAUUCAUUGACACUGGUUUCUCUCUGCCGUUCUAUAAACGUAUCCUAAACAAGCCAGUAGGACUCAAGGAUUUAGAAUCUGUUGACCCAGAGUUUUACAACUCUCUCAUCUGGGUAAAAGAGAAUAAUAUUGAAGAAUGUGGCUUGGAAAUGUUUUUCUCAGUUGAUAAAGAAAUUCUAGGUGAAAUCAAAAGCCAUGAUUUGAAGCCAAAUGGUAGCAACAUUCUGGUCACAGAAGAAAACAAAGAAGAAUAUAUUAGGCUAGUAGCAGAAUGGAGACUUUCCCGAGGUGUUGAGGAGCAGACACAGGCUUUCUUUGAAGGCUUCAAUGAAAUUCUGCCACAACAGUAUUUGCAGUAUUUUGAUGCUAAGGAACUGGAGGUGCUUCUAUGUGGAAUGCAAGAAAUUGAUCUGAAUGACUGGCAGAGGCAUGCCAUCUACAGGCACUAUACCAGGACCAGCAGACAGAUAGUAUGGUUCUGGCAGUUUGUGAAAGAAAUAGAUAAUGAGAAGAGAAUGAGACUCCUGCAGUUUGUUACUGGAACAUGCAGAUUACCAGUGGGAGGAUUUGCUGACCUCAUGGGGAGCAAUGGACCCCAAAAGUUUUGUAUUGAAAAAGUUGGAAAGGAAAACUGGUUACCUAGAAGUCAUACCUGUUUCAAUCGUUUAGACCUUCCACCCUAUAAGAAUUAUGAGCAAUUGAAGGAAAAGCUGUUGUUUGCAAUUGAAGAAACAGAAGGAUUCGGGCAAGAAUAGCUAAAAUUUGCACCUUGAAGAAUGUGAACUCAACACAAUGU